AUGCAGUGUUCACAAUUGCAAAUACCAGAGCACAAGGGAUUGCAAUUGGAUCUGUUUAUGGCGUUCUCUGUUGCUUUCUUCUCCAAAACUAUGCAGAGCUAUGCAUCUGCCAUAGGAGCAGUAUUGAUGCUGGGAAGAAAAAUUACAGGACUCCAAAUGAAUUCACCAUUAUCCUUCUGCUCUAUAGACGACAUGAUCAGCCAGAGCAGCUGGUAUGCUGAACCGCCACUCUCUCAAUCUUCUCAUCCACCUUUCAGUGCUCUCUCUCCUAAGAGAAUUCCUCCACCUGCUCCUCCUCUUGAUCCGCCGUAUUUUCUGUGUAGCCUUGCCGUCGACAUCCAGCCCUCACCUUCUCGGUUUCUCCCACGCUCUUUUGAGGCGGGUCAAGGUGCAGGUGAAAUUAUUGGUGAAGGAAUGACUAGACAAAUUUUGCGGCGGGCACCGCUGUCAUCGGUGUACAGGCGGCAACCGCUAUUGAAAAAUCAUGACUGCUCGUCGAGAAGCGGCGUAUCAUUUGCGGAGGUGGCAGGUGGGACGACGGCGGAGUGUGCAGCAGUAUGCUGCUGUUGUCCAUGUGGGUUAGUGAACCUCCUGGUGUUGGUAGCGUACAGGUUGCCGGCGGGCUUGUGCCGGAAGGCGUUGGGGAGGAAGCGCCGCCGUAGACUGAUCAAGAAAGGGCUUUUGCCGCAGCGCCAGUGUGGAUGUGACGAUACUGAACCCCAAAUCCAACCCAUAUCAGGGCAUGGUGUAGAAUCACAUUCAGACAGGGAUAUCAUUGAACUCGAGGAAGAAAUGUGGGAAAAUUUUUACAGUGCUGGCUUCUGGAGGAGUUCUUCACGAAGAAGUGAAAUUUGA